AUGAGCAGCCUCGACCAGGAGAACUUCAGUUCAAUUGAGCGUUCGCUGGGUGAGUGCCGGGGUCAAAGAUUGCUGCCGUCCGAUCCCGCUGGGAUUAUAAAAUCACUCCUGUCAUUUUAUUAUUUGUUUCCGUGUAAUGUGGAGCGCGAGUGAGGAGGAGGAGGAGAAUAAGAAGAAGGGAUCCCCCACUAACCGUUUCCGCUCAGUCCCGAACACUGAAUGGCUCGCAGUGAUUGACGGCCGCAAUCAUGGAGAUGAAAAAGCGGCUUUCCUCGUGCUGGCAGAGUUUUUUGACGUGCUUUGAGAAGCCGAACCGAACCGCAAGCGAGACCCGCGUCAGAGUCGACACGGUGUUCGUGAAUGCCCACGCUCACCAGAACGCACCGAAGCCGGGCUUCCGUCGAGAAGCCGAUUUACAGCCGCCGGCGAAGAAAGCCGGUGACUAUUACCUUGCCCAGUACGACUACUCCGCGCGCACGGAGGAGGACCUGAGCUUCAACGCGGGGGAUACUCUGGAGGCGCUCGAUAAAAGUCACGGCGACUGGUGGUUUGCGAAAGCCCUCACCGGGGUCUCGGCGUCCAAGCAGGGGUACAUCCCGGCCAAUUACGUGGCGCCGGUAGAGAGCAUUGACGCGGAACCAUGGUAUUUUCCCGACACAAAGAGGCUGGAUGCGGAGAAGAUGCUGUUGGCCGGAGGGAACGAGCACGGUGCCUUCCUCAUCCGAAACUGUGAAAGUCAGACAGGGGAGCGGUCCCUCUCGGUGCUGGACGGCGGGAAGGUGAAGCAUUACAAGCUGAGAAAACUGGACAAUGGUCACUACUACGUGUCGAGGAGCAGAUCCUUUCAAAUGCUGGAGGAGUUGGUGGAACAUUACUCCAAGGCGGCCGAUGGCCUCUGCGUGCGUCUCGGAGAACCGUGCAAAAAGAUGGAGGCGCCACAGACUAACGGCCUGUCCUACAACACGGUGGACCAAUGGGAGAUCGACCGCAAAUCCAUCAAGCUGCUGCGGAAGCUCGGAGCCGGUCAGUUCGGAGAGGUGUUCGAGGGCGUGUGGAACGACACCACCGCGGUCGCAGUGAAGACCCUCAAAGCUGGUACGAUGGACCCGGAGGACUUCCUUCGAGAGGCUCAGAUCAUGAAGAGGCUGCGGCAUGCCAAGCUGAUCCAGCUGUACGCUGUGUGCACCCUGGAGGAGCCCAUCUACAUCAUCACGGAGCUGAUGAACAACGGCAGCCUGCUGGAGUUCCUCAAUAAGGACAAGGGCGUCACUCUGGGUAUCAACAACCAGAUUGAGAUGGCUGCCCAGGUGGCGUCGGGCAUGGCUUUCCUGGAGUUGCAGAACUACAUCCACAGAGACCUGGCAGCCAGGAACGUCCUGGUGGGCGAGAACAACAUCUGCAAAGUAGCUGACUUCGGCCUCGCCAGGGUCUUCAUGAAAGAGAAUGAAAAUGUGUAUGAAGCCAAAGAAGGAAGUAAAUUCCCAGUGAAGUGGACCGCGCCAGAGGCCAUCAACGGCAACAAGUUCAGCAUCAAAUCGGACGUUUGGUCCUUUGGGAUUCUGCUGUAUGAGAUCAUGACGUUUGGACAGACGCCUUAUCAAGCUAUGACAAACUACCAGGUCAUCCAGAAGCUCUCCCAGGGCUACAGGAUGCCGUGCCCCCCCAACUGUCCCAAAGUCAUGCAUGACAUUAUGACGGACUGCUGGAAGGAGGAAGAUCUGGACCGGCCCACGUUCGAGACCCUGCAGUGGAAGCUGGAGGACUUCUUCGACAUUGACGUGACCUCCUACGACGACGCCAACCGCUACUAGCACACUGGCUAGACAAAAGAGACCGAAAAACAUUCUUUCUGCACCGUAGCUAAAAUCCACAUUUUAUCAUGUUUUAAAAACUUUUUUUUUUUUUUUACAAUUGCAUUCUUUUGCAGUGAAAUGAAGGAUCCAACAUGGUUGCUCUGCGCGUGACAGUCAGGGUGUGGCUGCAUCUGGCAUGCAGUGAGGAAGCCUCUACUGCAGCAGCACUCCCGUUUGGCUUUGUUUGACAACUGAAUGCACUUUCAGACGAACUCUUAGAAGCACACAGCCGAGACAUCCGCCCAUUCUCGGCGGACCGGUUCUUCUUGCACGGCGCACAUUCUUUCCACUGACCUCCUGCCAAGCUAUUACUGGUCGCUACCUGAGAGGAGUCGUGAGUCAUGUUUGCUUGGUCUGUUUGGCAUGUGAGUCGGUCUUUGGCCCCAGAGCCAGAGCUGCCCAUUUAAUGAAGGAACAAUAAGAUUAUCUUCUCAAACGGAAUGUUCGCAAACAAACAAUUUAAAUCUUGUGUGAAGUCCACGCCCUCCAUUCCAAAAACAAAUGGUUUUACGUCAGGCUUGUUGUGCCACUGUAAAAACUACGAGAGGGCUAAAAACAAGCGGCUCCGGUCCGGUCCGGUUUGUGAAAACCAGUUAAUCGGCACAAAUAAAAAUAACUAAUGUUUUUAAAUUGUGUACACAAAUGACUAACCUAACAUUGAAACAAACUACCUUUAUUUAUUUGUGGCCAUUUGCAGGU